UACUGGUACCUAGAAUGCAAGAAGGUCCUGGGGUGGAACCAAAUAUUCACCCAAGGAAGGAUACACCAGAAUGUUCCAAGCUGAAGUCCAUAGAAUUGACAAAUUACCCAAUUCAAUCUGAAUAAAGAAGUUUAAAUGAAUAUCAAGUAAGAUAGCCAAAGCACCAAGUUCAAAUAUCAGCUCAAACAUGAAUUGCAAAUUCAACUGAAGGGCCUCGGGACAUGUGGGAGUAUAAGGAAACAAGAAAGCAGACGCCCUUGCAAGAAAAGGGGCUGCUAUAACGCUGAUAAGACACGAGCUCUUCUGUGGCAUCAAAAUGCUCACUAUCAAUGAGCUUAGACAAGGAUAAAAAGAUAAUGAGCACUCAAUGGAACUCACUCAUUGGACACAAACAAUCCAAGAACCUCCUAAAAAACUAUGGAAGAAAACAGGAAAGUGCAGAUUCUAAAGAAGCAGAGAACACCAACACACCUAAAAAACUGGUGCUACACUUGCCCGCAGGAGGAAGUGCUUUGGGACAUUUAUUGUGACCGUAGAAGAGACCUAACCACUGAAACCGGGCCUACUAAAUUUCUUAAUGAACUAGGUCUUACCGGUGUGCUUUAAGCACAAAAUGGGGAAUACGACAGCUCUUAAAGGGCGCAGUAUUAUACACACUCCAAUAACCCAAGUCCCAUGCCAACUUCUCAUUAAUCUACUUGAUUGUUAACAAUACUUAACCAGCAUCCAGCAAAUUACAAAUUUGAUUUUGACUGACAAUCUUUAUUAGAUGUUAAUUAUUGCUUAACACACACAACAUAGUGAGCCAUCACUUUUAUUUCACUUACACCUUGUGCUUUCUUAAAUAUUUUCCCAAUGCUCUAGAUAAUCCAACUGUUUGUCAAAUAGUGGGCCUGUCUAAUUUUCUCCUGUCUUCCGAUUAUGAACAUUAUUUACUUAUUACUUACAUUUAUUCUAUUACUUAAAGAAAUAUAUAUUAAUCAAUGAAAUAUUUCACAGAUUGCUCAUUGGUCUAUAUUUUUGUGAUCGAAGAGCAAAAGACCAUCUUGUGAGUCAGGAGAGGAACAGAAUACUGUUGGAGAUUGUGUGGGUUCGGCUUCUCCACCCAGGGAAGAAGAGCCUGCAAUAAAUCCAAUCUACAUACAGCUGGAAAGAGUACUGCAAGACUGUUGGCUGUCUCCAGACCAAUCAAAUUGGAAGAACAACCAAAAAGAAGCAUCAUGUCAGUGAAAAAGUGGGAAAAACUGCAAAGACUGUUGUCUGGCUUAACAGAAAGGCAACGGCCGCAAAGACCUACUCCAGCUACACUGUCUUUGUUGAAAAGUUGGAUAACGGAUGACAAUGCUAGGGAUAACACAACGCCACAGAUCGAGCCAGCUCCAUAAGCUGGAGGGGCAAUGCAGAUUGUAGAAGAGGAUGACAUCCCCCAUGUCAAGGUGUCUCCUUAUGCAGGAGGGGCGAUGCAGAUCACAGAAGAGGAUGACAUCCUCGAGGGCAAGGCGGCUUCGUAUGCAGGAGGAGCAAUGCAGAUUGUGGAAGAAGAUCACAACCCCGAGAUAGAGAUGGCUCUGAAUGCAGGAGGGGCAGCGAUGCAGAUCACAGAAGAUGACAUCCCCGAGACUGAGACGGCUCUGUCCACAGGGGGGCAAUGCAGAUUGCGGAAGAAGAUGGCAACCCCGAGGUUGAGAAGGCUCUGUACACAGAAGGGGCAAUGCAGAUUGUGGAAGAAGAUGAUAUCUGCGAGGUCGAGAAGGCUCCAAACACAGAAGGGGCAAUGCAGAUCGUAGAAGAAGAUCACAACCCCGAGAUCGAGAUGGCUCUGAACGCAGGAGGGGCAGCGAUGCAGAUCACAGAAGAUGACAUCCCCGAGACUGAGACGGCUCUGUCCACAGGAGGGGCAAUGCAGAUUGCGGAAGAAGAUGGCAUCCCCGGAGGUUGAGAAGACUCUGUACACAGAAGGGGCAAUGCAGAUCGCGGAAGAUGACAUACCCGAGACUGAGACGGCUCUGUCCACAGGAGGUGCAAUGCAGAUUGCGGAAGAUGAUGGCAUUCCCGAGGUUGAGAAGGCUCUGUACACAGAAGGGGCAAUGCAGAUCGCGGAAGUUGAUGGCAUCCCCGAGGUUGAGAAGGCUCUGUACACAGAAGGGGCAAUGCAGUUCGCAGAAGAGGAUCACAAACCCGAGGUCAAGACGACUCCAAAUGGACGAGGUGCGAUGCAGAUCACGGAAGAUGAUAUCCGUGAGGUCGAGAAGGCUCCGAACAAAGAAGGGCCAAUGCAGAUCAUGGAAAUAGAUGAUAUACGCGAGGUCGAGAAGGCUCUGAACACAGAAGGGGCAAUGCAAAUCAUGGAAGAGGAUCACAAAUCCGAGAUUGAGAAGGCUCCAUACACCGAAGGGGCAAUGCAGAUCGCAGAAGACAAUGACACCUCCUCUGUCGAGGUGGCUUCAUAUGCAGGAAGGGCAAGGCAAAUAGCAGAAGAGAAUGACACCCCCUCUGCCGAGUUGAUUUCUUAUGCAGGGACAAUGCAUUCUCCCACAUAAAAAUAGGCAGCAAAAUGGCAUUGGAGUCAUUGUAUAACAAACAUGGGCUGGAUCACCUGAUCGAGAAAACAAAAUUAAUAACUUAGCACAACAGGUAAUCCAGACAUAUAUCAGUUGGGUAAAGGCAUACAACGGAUUAGAAGGUAACGAGGUAGGGGACUGCCUUGCUAAAAAUGCAUCAUCUAAUGACCUCCUGGUAGUGGCAUUCAACAAAAUACCAGGCCAUCAACUAAUGGUACCUGAAUUGGGAGGAGACAACAGGAGCAGCACAAACAAGGCUGUUUUUUCCUUUUUCACUCUAAGGUAGGAAUAAAGGAUUUACCACUUAGCCUUAGCAACACGACUACCAUUCUGACUGGGCAUGGUCCAUAUUCAGAGGCUACCUCCACAAGAUAAGUGAGAUUCUGUCACCAAAUUGUGCUGUGGGAACAGCGCAGCCCAAAACAUCAGGCAUAUCCUUUGGGAUUGUUUCCUGCUGGAAUAGAAUACAAUUAUGAAUUAUAAAAGAGUACAACUUAUGAGGAAGGUGUAGUGCACCGGGGAAAAAUGGCUACCAUAUGAAAGACUUCUUAAAAUAAGAUAAAGACAGUUUCAUUAUUUUUACUAAACGUAUAGAUGUUGUUAAUUAAUGCCUGAUAG